AUGAAGAGGGACCAAUUUAAUGUCCUUGUGGAGAGCAUGAAGGGGAAGGACACGACCCACGGUUGGGAUGUCGUUGUAUCGUACGAUGAAGACAAGAUUAACGACUUCCUCGAGGCCCAUCCGAUCUCAGCGAUAGAGAGUCUACCUCCCUUCAGGGGUACAGGUCAUGAUGAAGACGACAGCGGCCAAGUGGUGGCCCGUGAAUAUGAGUUUGAUAUUAAACUGCGUAGUCCCAAGCUACAGUUCAUUGGCAAACAUGGGAGAGCAAAGCUGGAUUUCACAAUCACUGGCACCUACAAAAGACAUGCCUCAUCUUCGGGUUCAGUCAACCAGCUUCCCGAUGGAUACCAAGCGUCCAUUGCCGCCGAGCUUUAUAAUGUGCUGGGUGCAUUAAACAAGGCGGGUGGCAACGGUCAGUUCAUCGCAUCUCCGUCAAGCCAUCGAUCGGGCCCAAACAAUGCCACAGAUGUGCAACUAAACUCCGCUCGGGGGGUCUACUUGUCGCUUAAAGAGCCAGAAGUCCAUUUCCAACCUCAAGGGGGAAAGAUAUCAUCCGCUGCAAAAGACGCCCUGAGGGAUGGCCUCAGGAACUACUUGCAGCAGGGUACACAAGAAUACCUUAUCGCUGGGGUCGCUGGGUAUGACACCGAUCCAAGCAUGAUCGCGAUUCGGCCGACCAGAUUCUGCUUCACUGUAACGCCAAAAGACGAAGACGGCACUCCUGGCUUCCUCUCAAUGUGGAUCGGUGUGGAAGGAGGACAUAAAAAUGGCCUACAGCCUAGUGGGAUGACGACACUGGCAUUUCAACCGGGUGGUACUACCUACAGGUCUCCGAUCCCUAGCCAGACAUCAGCAAGCAUCAUAUUUAGUCACGACAUCAUGGCAGGCCUGUUCCUCAAGCCAAACUUGGAAGGGUUUUUAGAUGAUGUCAAAGUCACUUCGUUCCCGGGGACAGGUGGCAUGGAAUUUACUGGGUGCCUUAAACACCCAGGCGUUAAAAUCCCAGCCCAGGAUACAAAAAAGGACAUCGACUACAGAGAAACCGAAAUUACCCAUUAUGACGGGUUCAACUUUACGGUAACAACACCCCCAGCCACCGUGACUGUGAAGCCUGGUAUCACAACGUCAAGCGAGGACGCCAUACUCGUCAGCUAUAAAAGCAAGCCGGAGACCAGCGAGUGGAGUGUGAAUUACAAGGCAACUGAGUGGGCUUCGCCGCCCAAGAGUGGAGCGGUCUCCGCUACCUUGUCUUGGAAGGCCAAAGGCCAGUGGACAGCUGGCACCCAGGCGCGACCCAACCUGAUCGGGCUCACGAUGACCCCUGACCAGAACUGGUCACUGAAUGCGUCAGAGACGGACCAUUCGAACUUUUUUACUAAAUGGGCCAACAAGAUAAACGGAGGCGUGGACGUCCCAGGCCAUUACGAAGGGCUACAGCCUCCAGCUGUAUUUAAUCUGACAAUGAGGGCGCUCGAUUACUUUCUCACGACCAAUCUGCUAUUUCCCGGGAGGCAGAUGUUUAAAGCCCAUCUUCCUGUCGCAUCGGCCCACGCAAACGAAAAAGGGUUGGCAGUGCCUCGCGACCUGAUACUCACGGGCGAUAUUACUUCGUCCUAA